GCUUUUUGGCACAAUCAAUCGGCACUUUUUUUUCUCUAUCCAAAUCUGCCUGCCAAGUUGCCAGUCGCUAUGCCUACAAGAUCAUCUCUCAAGACAAACUGGGCGUAUGCAAUCAGAACGGACGAAAAUCCAACAGAAGCGGGACCGCCGCAAGAACGUUUAAUGAAGAAAGCAUAUGAGUAUAGUGUUCUAUGUGCUGCAGACGUGUUUUUGGCCAUUAUAAUUAGAGAAAAUGGCCGAGUCUACACACUUUGCUUAGAUCAAGCAGGCAUUUUGUCUCACAUUCAGUCACAAUCGGUAAGUUCAUCAUCAAUAACGUGUUGCUGCAGCAGAUGCUAA